GGUCAUUUUGUAAAGAACUUGGGAAGUGCUGGAGAUAAAGAGACUGAGACAGAAGUUCUUCUGCUUGAACAUGAUGUUCCUCAUCAGCCUUUUUCCCAGUGUGUCCUUAGUUUCCUACCAAAAAUGCCAUGGAGCAUUACAGAACAGGAUAUGAAGUACAGGGAGGACUUAAGGCAUCUGUGUGUUUGUAGUGUUGAUCCUCCUGGCUGUACAGAUAUUGAUGAUGCAUUACACUGUAGAGAAGUAGGAAAUGGAAAUAUAGAGGUUGGUGUACAUAUUGCAGAUGUCAGUCAUUUUAUUCGCCCAGGAAAUGCUUUGGAUGAGGAGUCAGCAAAAAGAGGAACAACAGUAUAUCUGUGUGAAAAAAGGAUUGAUAUGGUUCCUGAGUUACUUAGUUCCAAUUUAUGCUCCCUGAGAUCUAAUGUGGACAGGCUUGCAUUUUCAUGUAUCUGGGAGAUGAACCAUAAGGCUGAAAUUCUGAAAACCAGAUUUACGAAGAGUAUUAUUAAUUCCAAGGCCUCUCUUACAUAUGCUGAAGCACAGAUGAGAAUUGAUUCAGCAACUAUGAAUGAUGAUAUUACUACCAGCCUACGUGGACUAAACAAAUUAGCAAAAAUUCUGAAAAAGAGAAGAAUUGAUAAUGGAGCCUUGACACUUUCCUCACCAGAAGUUCGUUUCCACAUGGACAGUGAAACUCAUGAUCCUAUCGAUCUGCAGACAAAGGAGCUCAAAGAAACAAAUUCAAUGGUUGAAGAGUUCAUGUUGCUGGCCAAUGUCUCUGUAGCACAAAAAAUUUACGAUGAGUUCCCGGAGUUUGCCUUGCUCCGGAAACAUCCUGCUCCUCCCCCGUCAAAUUAUGACAUCCUUGUGAAGGCCGCCAAGUCCAAGGAUUUAGAAAUUAAGACAGAUUCAGCAAAGGCUUUAGCUGAAUCAUUAGACAAAGCUGAAUCUCCUACGUUCCCUUACCUAAAUACACUGUUGCGAAUUUUGACCACUCGCUGCAUGAUGCAAGCUGUUUAUUUCUGCUCUGGAAUGGAUAAUGAUUUUCAUCACUAUGGUUUAGCCUCCCCUAUUUAUACCCACUUUACCUCACCUAUUAGAAGGUAUGCUGACAUUAUAGUGCAUCGACUUUUGGCAGUGGCCAUUGGAGCAGACAGUACUUACCCAGAACUUACAGACAAACAUAAACUAGCAGAGAUGUGUAAAAAUCUCAAUUACCGACAUAAAAUGGCUCAGUAUGCCCAAAGAGCGUCUGUUGCAUUCCAUACACAGCUGUUCUUCAAAAGCAAAGGGGUACUGAAUGAAGAUGCAUAUAUAUUAUUUGUAAGAAAAAAUGCAGUUGUGGUUCUGAUUCCCAAGUAUGGGUUAGAAGGAACAGUCUUCUUUGAAGAAAAAGGUAAACCAGCGCCAAGACUGGAUUACAAUGGUGAGGUACCAUCACUUACUGUGGAAGACACAACAUUAUAUGUAUUUGAUAAAGUUAAAGUGAACAUUAUGUUAGAUGCUUCCAACAUCCAACAUCAAAAAAUUCGGAUGGUGCUGGUAGAACCAAAGAUACUAGGAAAUGAUGUGCCUGCAACGCUGUCUACAGAGACGAGCAGCAAGAACGAACCAGAGAAAAAGAAAAAGAAGCUACAAAAAUAG